GGUCUGGGGUGGCGAGAAGGGAAGGUGUUCGGGGUCCGAAUGCCCGCGGGAAGGAGCUGGUCCCAGCCCCGCUCCUCUGGCCACGGAGGCACCCCGAGGGUGCAUCACGCCUCCUUGUCCUCGGGGAUUGGCUCUGCCUUCCCAGGGCCUUAGCCUCCGACUCACACCCACUGCCCAGACCCAACGAUUCCACCUCCUCUCCCAUGUCUGCCCACAGCCACCCUGAAGCCCCAGGCGUCCGUGGCUCAGCUUCUGACCACCGCAGGCAGCCGGGAGUCCGAAGUGCCCACAGGGAAAAUGGAGACAUAUGAUGAGAGCAUUUCACGUUGCUGGGGAGACUACCAGGUUGAUAUGGACAAUAUCAAAGAAGACUGGUGCGACUGGGCCAUCAUUAGCAGGCCUUACAGCGACCUGCAGGAACCCAAUCCCUGGGCGGAACAGAUCAUCUUUAAGACUCACCAGACCCACUUUGCCAACUGCACCCUGGCGGAGACCACCUUCUCAGACCCCCCAGAGGACGUGCUCCUGGCCAUGAUCAUCGCCCCCAUCUGCCUCAUCCCGUUCCUGGUCACCCUUGUGGUGUGGAAGAGUAAAGACAGCGAAGCCCGGGCCUAGGGUGGCCUACGUUUCUCAGCAGCCACCCCUCCCUUCCCGGCCACCCCCAGAUCUCCCUCCCCGUCUCCCUGCCCCCUUCUCUCGCCUCACUGCACACAGAGCCUGAGAUGGGGGAAUGGAGCUGGGGAGGGUCAUGGCACCAGUUCUGCAAUUUUCAAAAUAAAAGGUUUCUUUUGUACACC